ACAAGCCAAAGCCUAAAAAUAAGGUACCUCCAACAGCUGCAAAACCAGCACCAGCAACAACAACAACAACAACACAUCAGAAAACAGCAUCAUCCUAUUUUAUCCUCCUGCCUUUUUCAGCCCACCCUUCUCGUAUCAAAGACCAUCUCUCUCUAAGAGGGAGAAAAAGCCUUUCUUUCCUUUCUCUCUCUACACAGGGGAAAAACACACCAAAUACAAAGAAAAGAAGAAACAUGGAAACUCCACGCACCCUCUUCAAAAACAAAGAAGAGUCCACACACCACCCAACUCUCUCUUUCUCUCUCUUUCUUCAAUGGCCCAGCUGGACCAAAAUUUAUGUAGAAGAAAAACAAAAAAGAAAGGAAAGAUAGAGAGAGAACGGAAAGAAAGAGAAGAUAGAUGUCUUCAAAUGUCCUCCAACCAAACCCACCUCACAAAAAACUCCCUCUCUCUUUCUCACUCCUUCACAAAACCAAUUAAAAACAUGUUUACCAGAAAUACCCUUCUGCAACCCCCCAAAAAAUCCCAUCUUCAUCACUGUCUCAACUCUCAAAAGAAACAUUUUUUUCACCGAGUUAUGUGGGCUUCUUUGGGUUUUCUUUGUCUCGGUCAGAGUUUUCACAGAGAAAACAGGAAAGCGAGAACCUUCCUGUCUCCCUCUCUCUCUUUUCUUGUUUAUCUUUCUCUUAUCUCUCUCUCUACACUUAUUCUUUCCUUUUAUUAUUUCUUGCCCAUAUCUCUUUCUGUCUGCCUUCUCAUCAAAUUCCCUUCUUUCUUCCCUUUUCUCUGUCUCUUCUCCAUAUUUCCUUAUUUUGGCCUUCUGAGUUCUUCUCUUAACCUGACCCCUGUGAUCUGAAACAUGAAGAAGCUGAAAGGGGUUGCUGCUGCUGUUGCUGCUAUGGAGUAUUCUCCAUAUGCUACAUAUGAGGACCAAAGGACCAGUUUCAAGCACCAGAGCCUUAUGCAAGACUUUGAAGACUUGCACAAGGAAACAGAGGCCAUGAGAAAGAAGUUGCAGAUGAUGAAAGACCAAAAAUUGACCCUGUUGGCUGAAGUCCGGUUUUUGAAACGGAGGCACAAGUUCUUGAUGCAAAACCAAUCUUCAAACACACCAGCCCAACGAAACAUUGUGCAACCACAGAAUUUGGUGAUUAGAAGUAAAUCAAAUAUGAAGGACAAGAAAUCUACUGGAAAGGAACGAACUUUGCAACGCCUAGCUACAGGUUUUGAUUUGAACCAAAAGGGGAAGACUUUCAGCAAAAAGGAAACUACUUUCACUCAUCCUUCUCUGAUGUUUGACUUAAACCAGAAGCAGCAGAAAAUUUUGAAUGGCAAGGAAGUUACUUUGCUGCGAAGUUCUAUACCAGUUCUUGACUUAAACCAGAGGGAAAGGGUUUACAGUGGAAAGGAUGCCGCUGCUCGAAGCAUGGCACCGAUUUUUGAUUUGAACCAAAUUUCGAGAGAGGAGGAAGAACUACUGGCUAGUGAUAACUUAGUGAGAAUAGAGGAAUUCAAGAAAAGUUCAAUCAGACUUGGAACUGAUGAGCAGCACAAUGAUCUUAAAAUAUCAGCCUGCAGGAACACGGGAAACGGGCCAAACCGAGUUGGAAAACGAAAGAUCACAUGGCAAGAUCCGGUGGCAUUGAGGGUUUAAGUCUCUUACUGUACUUGUAAUAGAGGUGCUUAGUUUGGAGGGGUUGGGACUUGGUGAGUUUAGCUUGCCUCCUGCCCAAUUCUUAAUUGCUCUGAUGCUCUUUCUUCUCUUCUGUAAAGAAAAUAUAGUUGCUUCUGUUAAAUUUCUAUAGAUAAAUAUAUAUAAUAUAAAAAAAAAAUUAUGAUGCUUUGGGAAGCA